CCUCUCCCGGCAACGAUGCUCCUCUCUCCCGGCCACUCCCCUCGCCACCUCCCCUCCCCAUCGCCAUGUCCGGCCCCCGACGACGAAUCCCUAAAGCCCCCGACCGCCGCCGCCGCCGCCGCCCCCGCCCCUCCUCCGGCGAACCCCCGGAAGCGGGCCGCGGUCCUCGACGAGGACACCUACGUGUCGGCGAUCGAGAGGAUCAUCGAGCGCGACUUCUUCCCCGACAUAUCGAAGCUCCGCGACCGCCUCGACUGGCUCGAGGCCAUCCGGACCGGCGACCCCGUCCAAAUCCGCGACGCCCAGCUCAAGAUCAUGGAGCGCCGCGGCCGGAGGGCGGCCGGCGGCGGCGGCACGAGCGCCCGGGGCAGGACGCAGACCCUGACCCCCGGCUCCACCUUCGCCCGCAAUUUCACCCCUCUCGACGAGUUCGACGGUAAGACCCCGAGGACUCCUGGGGGCGCCGCCGCCGCCGCCGCCGCCUUGGGCGGGGACGGGCUAGGUGGUUUAGAAGUGGGGCAGGAGGAGGGCGAUGCCGGCAUCGAUGCCUCGCUGUCGCUGGACGAGUUCUUUAGGCGGUACACGAGCGAGGAUAACGAGAGCUUCUCGAAGAUCCUGGAGAAGGUCAAUAAGAAGAAGAAGGAGAGGUACGGGUACUUGCUGGAAGGCGAGACGGAGGAUGUGAAGGCGAUCGAGGGCGUCGAGAGGAACAGGAUUACGGACGGGUACGGGACGUCGGAUCAGCCGGUGAGUACUUUAGAAGGGUGGAAAUAUACGCCCAAGAAUCUCUUGAUGUACCAUCCUGCCGAUCGGGGGGAGGCUCCGUUGACGGAGGAGGAAAUGGCUGUUAGGAUCAAGGGUUUAACUAAGGAAGUGAGUUAUCCUAAUACUAGGUUUCAUGGUAAGAUAAUGGAUUCGAGGCCGAAAGAUGAUGGCACGGUCGAGGUUUUGUAUACGCCGAUCGCGGGUGCUUCUCCUAUGCCGAAGUCGGCUAGGGACGGGGACAAGGUUAAGAAGUAUGACCUGGACGACUUGAGGAAGACCCCUAAUCCAUUUUAUGUCGAGUCAGGUAAAAUGGCCGAGAAUGGCUAUAGUUUUGUUAGGACUCCUUCACCUAUGCCGGGUGUUGAUGAGUCGCCGUUCAUCACGUGGGGUGAAAUCGAGGGAACUCCGUUGAGGUUGGAGCCCGAGGACACACCUAUUGAUAUCGGUGGUAGUGGAGACCGGCCUCACUUCAUGAUCCCAUCGGCACCAGCCCGAGAUGUAAAGGCUCAUCUGCUUUCCAGAGAGGCUGCUCGAAAGUUGAGGGACAGGUCUAAAAUGUUCCAGAAGCCACCACUUCCAUCACCUGUCAGAGGGGGGAGUGCCAGUCCAAGUAUGCGGACGCUUUCUCCCGCUGCCCAGAAGUUCGUGAGGAAUGCGAUUUCCAGGUCUACAUCUUCGGUUGAUGAAUCACUUCGAGCUAGUUAUCGAGGCGCAAGCCCCGGAACUCGGACUCCCAAAAGUGUCAGGAGCAUUUCCAGGUUUGGUAGAGAUGGGAGUUUGGAUUCCAGAUCUCCUUCUGUAAAAGAGAAUUUGAACCCUCCUUGGCAAUAGGUUGUGUGCUAUAAAUAAGCGAACAGUGAUAGUCUCUGGAAGUCUGGCUUUAUGUUAUUGCUGGAGCAGAUAUGUUCUUUUACUUUCUAAAAGAUGUGGCUGUUUCUUGUUUAGUAUCUCUAUUUUCAUAA